GCCACGGCGUGUGCGUGAGACGUUAAACUCACGCGCAAUCUAUAAUGUGCUAUACACUGCGGUCUAAACUUCCCAAGGAGGUCUCUGGAACGGGAUGUUGCCAGUAUUUCGAACUAUCCCCAGUUACGCAACUAAUAAGCCAGCGAUGGUCAAAAGGCGGAAUCUCUGUGCACUUCACGUAUAUUAAUCUGUACACACUCAUUUGCACUGAACUCAUUUUUGUCACUAUAUAUUUCCUGUCUAUUACUCAACAGACCUUCUGUAAAUACGUAACUUAACUAAUGUUGAUGUGUUCCGUGUUCAUAACAUUUUUUUAUGAAGUGCAAACUUAAAGCGUUCGAUUGAAAUACAAAGUGAUUUCAGAAUGCAAUAACGGUACACCGUACACCGAGGAAAUCCCCGACAAUGGAGAAAUGUGCAUGUCGCAGUUGUGUUUGAUCAAGAAGUGGAUCGCUGUUUGUACAAUACAUUAGCCAUGCCAUAAUAUGAUUGUGGAAGAUUAAAAUUCGAUCGUAUAUGAUAUGAGACGUUCAUAGACCCGUAAAACAUUCUACCAGGCCUAGUUUGUCGUUUUCAAUAACUUCGCGGUGGCGAUGUAUUAAUUAGUAAAAGCUACAGUUCACUUGAAUGGGUACAAAAGAAGUAUAUAUAUAAUGUGAAUAGGAAUUUAUUUCAACAAUCAUUUUCUGCGCGACUUUUGUGAAGCCACGUCAAAGCGCGUACAGCCUGCAUAGUUCUCGCAAACAAAAUUAAAAUAAAGACAAAUAUAUCCGCGGAAAAUCAAUAGAAUAUCGUUCAAACUUUGUGAAACGGUACCUAUUGAAAUAACAAAACCUUGCAAAUUGAAGAAAAUAAUCUUGCAGCGUUCUUUUAAUCCUCGAUAUUCAGGCAUAUUGGUUAUUUCCAAAUAGGCGGAAAUAAUUUUAUUAUAAUACUAAAUCAGGCGAUAUAGCAUUUUAAAUUACGUCUAUACAACGUAAGGAAAGUAAUUUAUACGCUGUAAUAACAGAGUAAAAAAUAAUUGUUGGAUUAAUAUACGCUUCAGUAUAUGGACGAAGGAUUCGCACGUUCUGUCAACAAAAAGAGACACAGAGAUCGCUCAUGUCUUCUGAACAAACAGAACGGUAACAAAUACGCGUAAUUUAAUAGUGCCGGAACUUAAAAUUAUCGAUAAUGUAAAAGAACGAUACAUGUCGUUUACUAUUGCCAAAAGGGGAAGGUUUGAACAUUGGAGUUUGACAGAACUUUACUAUUUAUUGUAUCGCGGAUGUGAAGAAAUAGAUAUAACACUGUGCUUGUGUUUGUAAGAUGCGAUAUAGGUAACUCUUUACAAUCUUAAAAGUUAAGUCGUGUAACAGUUUCUUGUAACGGAAUAUGUAUGUGUUCUGACGUUGUAUGUUUGAUGACGUCAUGUGUUCUGACGUUAAGCAUACGUGCACGAUUCCAGAAGAUUUAUCGGUGGAUAAUUUUGUUUAAGAAGCUUGUUUAAGCAUAGCAUACUUACCAGUAGCUGAAAUCGCCACUUUGGGUACUCAGGAGACGGUGUGAUGGCGAUGGGUGUGGAAACAGGACCCGUCUUUCCCGGACAGACGGCCAAAAAGGACACCACGGAGCAUGCGCACAGAAAGUUACCUAGACCGAUAAUGUUCUGGAGCGUAAACGAGAAGACGGCAUACCGCCGGAACCGCGUCGUUCAGACCAGGUUGAACAAGCUGACAUGUGACAUCGCCACGCAGCGUAACAGCGCCCGGAAGUCCAUCCGCUUCGAGGCGCACAAGUUUCGUCAGAAGAGCGGCCAUUUCUACAGCCACCCGUUGAGCAAUACCUCUGGAGACUCACAGUCGAGCGGCAGUAAUAUCGCACCGCUUAACUGGCGACCCCCGAGCGAGCUUAGCUCUGGCAUACCCAAUAGCUCUUAUAGUGAGGAUGCAGUCAGUUCGAGCCUGGGCCAGCGGAAAGCUGUGUUGUCUCCGAGAAAACAGGGCAUCAUCACGCGGUCGACCAUACCUUCCGUGACGUUUUCUGCGUACCGGAACGUUCAGUGUAUCCAGGACGACUCGAGGAUCGACGAUCUGGGUGUAAAACCGGACGUGUGCUCCUUGGGACUGGGAAAGAACGCGAAGCACAAUCCCCCUUUCCGAAGCGUUUCUGCUGUCCAACAUCGGGAGAUUCCGGAUCUGCUCGGUCAGCGUCGCCAGCAAAGCGCGGCUCCGGCAGCGCGGACAUAUGCCAACGUCAGUUUUGGAGAAAAUACACGAGAACUCACAAAUAAUAUUGAUUUUAAAGUGAACUGUUGUAGAACAGCAAGUGACAAUUUUAAUCGCCGAUCCGACUUCUAUUUCGAUCGAGCCAAGGCUGCCUACCAACUCCGACAGGACCUCCAGAGGCGCGCGAGGCAGCGACAGCAGGAAGUGCAGACGGCGUUGUUCACGCUGCAGGACGCGCUGGCCAUAGAGAGAGCGCAGCUCCUGAGGAGCACGGACAGGGUGGUGGACUUCUU